AUUUAUUAACAAGAACACAAAUAUAUAGAAAGCCAUUCACUCCCUACUACACUGGCUGUAGCUAGUGAUGUCAAACAGGAACAAAGGAAAACAAAGGUUCAAACAAUACGAUGGUGAUGCUGAUAACGAUGAGUAUUCCAGUGGUGGUAAACGGCAAAAGAGAAGUAAACUGCUCUCUAACUAUUUCCAAGAGGAAGCAGAAGAAGUUGAUCCUAGUGAUGAAGAAGAGGAAGAAAACCAAGAAGAUGAUGACUUCAUUGAAACCACUGGAGAAGUUGACAUACCCAACAUUGAGUAUAACAUGCACAGUCGUCUCCAUCUUCCACAUGAUGACCAAGAAGAAGAUAUUGAUGAUUUACAAACAAGGAUUCAACAGAGAUAUGCUCAUCACAAGUAUAAAAAAGAGGAGACAACCAAAGAGGUUAUUAAACAACAAUCUCUACUGCCAUCUGUGAUGGAUCCAAAACUUUGGAUGGUAAAGUGUACAAUGGGUCGUGAAAGGGAGGUAGCUAUUUGCCUAAUGAAAAAAUCCAUUGUUCACCCUGAAAAAUUUAAGAUCACGGCUGCUAUAUCAAUUCAUAAUCUAAAAAACUUCAUAUAUAUUGAAGCUGAAAAGGAGGCUUAUGUUAGGGAGGCUGUUAAGGGAAUGCCAAAUAUGUCAUCUGGUAGUAAAAUUAUGCUUGUUCCUAUUAAGGAGAUGACUCAAGUUGUUUCUGUUGAGACCAAAUCAGUAACUGAUCAUGUUACUAGAGAUACCUGGGUUAGAAUGAAGGCUGGCACAUAUAAAGGUGAUCUUGCUAAGGUUGUUGACAUUGACAAUGUAGAGCACAGGGUUAUGGUGAAACUAAUUCCGAGAAUCAACUUGAAGGCUCUAGCUAACAAAUUGCAGGGAAAGGAAGUUCUUGAGAAAAGUGCUGUUACUCCGCCUGCACGUCUCAUGAAUGUUAAUGAAGCACGAGAAUUGUAUGUCCGUGUGGAUCGCACAAGAGAUCGAUCAAAUGGUGAUUACGAUGAUGUCAUUGGUGGGAUGCUAUUCAAGGAUGGGUUCCUGUACAAGAAAGUGUCUAUCAGGUCUUUAAGUACAUCAAAUGUGCAACCAACUUUUGAUGAGUUGGAUAAAUUUAGGCAUGGUGAUCAUAUGCCUAGCUUGUCUGCCAAUAGGAAAAGAAGCUGCUUCAUGAAGGGCGAAAGGGUCAUUGUUGGUGUGGGAGACUUGAAAAAUUUAAAGGGGACAGUGGAGUGGGUGGAGCAAGAUCAUAUGGUACAUAUAAAACCGGACGAGAAAGGGCUCCCUAAAACAUUGGCCAUUAGCCACCAAAACAUUUGCAAGUGUUUUGAGGUUGGGAACUAUGUGAAGGUCGUGUCUGGGGCUGCUGAGGGCGAAACCGGAUUGGUGUUGGCAAUUGAACGACACAUUGUGAACAUUGUCUCAGACGCUACCAAGGAUUGUCUGCGUGUAUUUGCUGCCGAUCUUGUGGUUGUCAAGAAUUGAGAGAUGGCUGUGGAAUCAUGCCGAAAUCGUAACUUUCACCAUCUUUUGAUCGCAUCUUAGUCUUCUUUUUUUUAAUUUGUUUUUUUAAGUGGAACUUUUAAUUUGUUUUUGGACAUCCAUGGUCAUUUGAGGCUUAUUAGUUUCUAAGUUG